GCUCGCCUCACCCCCCACCCGGGCCGAGCCUCAGCCGGGAGCUCGGUUCGCGCCGGGUGCUGGAAAGGCUCUGGGCGGGGGCGGGGAACUUCCCUCAGCUUCAUUCCCUGCCCCCCCCGCCUUUGGCCGAGCAGCGCCGGCAGAGGCGCUUCAUGGGGUUCAACCUGCCUCGUGGCAGCGGCGUGGCCAUGCUCUGCCUGCUCCUUCACUGGCCUACAUGGGGGGCUUCCCCCUCCCCCCUGCGUUGGGCCUCUCCUGCCCCCCUGCAGCUCCAUGAAACUUACAGGCGUUCAUGUGAUAGCGACGCGUUUUACCGGACCGUCUUGUCGUUUGUGCUGGCUGAAGGACAAGAUAUUUGAUGCUGCAUUGUAUGGGACAAGAAGUUCUUAAAAAGAGAAGACACAUAUAAGAAAGGAUGUCUCAUUUAAUCAAAGGAGUUAAAAAAUGUUAUGGUCCUUCUAUCAGUGAAAUGCACAAAGUAACAGGAUUUCCAUUUAAACCACCCCUACUCAAAAGCUUAUUAGCCUACAGUGGGCAAAAAUUAAAAACUUCACGUACAUGUUCUAAACUUAGUUCUGAAAAUGCAGAUUCUUACAGUUACAUCAUAGUUGGAGCUGGAUCGGCAGGGUGUGUAUUAGGCAGCCGAUUGACUGAAGAUCCCCUUAGUACUGUUUUACUUUUGGAAGCAGGCCCUAAAGACACCCUUCUAGGUAGUAAAAGAUUAAUGUGGAAGAUUCAUAUGCCUGCUGCAUUAACCUAUAAUCUUUGUGAUGAAAAAUAUAAUUGGUAUUACCACACAACACCACAAAAGCACAUGGAUAAUCGAAUUAUGUACUGGCCCAGAGGUAGAGUGUGGGGUGGCUCCUCAUCUCUCAAUGCUAUGGUGUACAUUCGGGGGCAUGCAGAAGACUACAAUCGAUGGCAUAGAGAAGGUGCUGUGGGAUGGGACUAUGAAUUUUGCUUGCCUUAUUUUAAGAAGGCACAGACCCAUGAGCUGGGUCCUAACCUAUACAGAGGUGGGAAUGGACCGUUGCAUGUGUCAAGAGGAAAGACGAACCAUCCUCUUCAUCAUGCAUUCCUGGAUGCAGCCCAGCAGGCUGGCUAUUCUUUCACAGAUGAUAUGAAUGGUUACCAACAAGAAGGAUUUGGCUGGAUGGAUAUGACUAUACACAGAGGUCAGAGAUGGAGCACAGCUAGUGCUUACCUUCACCCUGCCAUAACACGCCCAAACUUGUCCACAGAAGAUAGAACGCUCGUAACGAAAAUUUUGUUUCAAGGAACAAAAGCCAUAGGGGUUGAGUAUGUCAAGAAUGGGCAAAGGAAAAAGGCUCUUGCCAGUAAGGAAGUGAUUUUAAGUGGAGGAGCCAUAAAUUCCCCACAGCUGCUUAUGUUGUCUGGGGUUGGAAAUGCAGAUGACCUCAAAAAAUUAGGGAUCCCUGUUGUUUGUCACCUUCCUGGGGUAGGCCAGAAUCUUCAAGAUCAUUUAGAAGUGUACAUACAGCAGAAGUGCACCAAACCUAUUACUCUCUACAAAGCACAAAAGCUUAUUAACAUGGCAAAGAUUGGUUUAGAAUGGCUUUGGAAAUUUACAGGAGAUGGAGCUACUGCUCACUUAGAAUCUGGUGGAUUUAUUAGAAGUCAGCCAGGUGUUCCUCAUCCAGACAUUCAGUUCCAUUUUCUUCCUUCUCAGGUGAUUGAUCAUGGACGUGUUGCUUCCAAGCUGGAAGCUUAUCAGGUUCAUGUUGGACCCAUGAGGAGCACAAGUGUGGGCUGGCUAAAGCUGAAAAGUACAGAUCCAAGGGACCAUCCUGUGAUUGAACCAAACUACUUGUCAACGGAAACAGAUGUGUGGGAAUUUCGUCAGUGUGUCAAGUUAUCCAGAGAAAUUUUUGCUCAGAAAGCUUUUGAAAAAUUCUGUGGUCCUGAAAUUCAGCCAGGAAGUCAUAUCCAGUCUGACAAAGAAAUAGAUGCUUUCAUAAGACAGAAGGCUGAUAGUGCUUAUCAUCCUUCUUGUACCUGUAAAAUGGGGCAGCCGUCUGACACCACUGCUGUGGUUGAUCCUCAGACCAAAGUAAUUGGGGUUGAAAACCUGAGAGUUGUAGAUGCCUCAAUAAUGCCCAGUGUGGUCAGUGGGAAUUUGAAUGCCCCAACCAUUAUGAUAGCAGAAAAAGCUGCUGAUAUGAUCAAGGGGUUCCCAUCACUCAGUGAGAAAAAUGUUCCUGUAUAUAAACCUCAAACCUUGGAAACUCAGCGAUGAACAAAAUGCCCACGCUUAUUUUCCAGGUGAGUUUUUACCCACAUGGAAAUCUUACAUUGGACUUUGCCAAGAGAACAAAUGUAUUGCUACAAAAAAUUACAGGUAGGUAUUAAUUCACUACCUCUCUGAUAUUGAGAAGGUUGUAACAGUAAUUUAAAAAAAAAUCAAGUUAUUUGCAGUAACUGGUCAUUUUAGUCAAGCAUUUGGGUGAUGACCAGUUUUUGUAAUGUAGUUUGAAGUUUAUGCUGAAGAGGGUCAGUUCUGCCUUACAAAAAGAAGAGGCAAUCAUGUGAGCUAUCAAGGAGUUCAGGACCUGUAUGGCUGAGCGUGGGAUGGUAGAAGUGGAUGUUUGCUGCUUUGCAUAGAACAGUAAGACACUUAAAACCAGUGAUGAGCUGCCAAAAUCUGAAGAACUGGUUCCUUCAGUCACUCUGGGUCUUCGGCAGCACUGAGGAACCAAUAAAUGUCAACUUCAUUUAUUGGUGCUUGUGUAAUAAUUUAUACUAAAAUGGAUAAUGUAUUAUGGAGGUAUUGAUCACAGCUCCAUUGUUAAGGUUGAGUUGUUUUAAACUUAAAGGCAUACGUAUAGUAUUAGAUAUAGUCAAGUUAAAAAGAUAUCCAUAUUUGAUAUACAGAUUGCCUUAAUAGCUUCUAUAAAAACAAACAGCUGAUUAUUUAAAAUUUCUAUAAUGAUAAAUUCUCCAUGUUCUUUGUAUUUAACUUAAUAAAAUUCAGUUAAUAACUUAAUUUGUUUUGGUUGCGUAAUGCAAUAUGGAAACUUACCUUGUUUCACUACUGUAUGUUUAAGGGGGCCAUGAAAGGUGACUGCCCAGCUGCAAAUGAUGAAACAGACUCUAAGGUCUGGAUUGUUACUAAAGUGUAAACACUUUUUAAAAAAAAUUACCUGCUGUCUAGAGAGAUCUUUUACCACAUCAGAUAGAUGCUUGUCUGCCCCUGUUCAGUUAACUUGAACAUCUUGGCUCAUUUACUUUUAGAAAGAAUAAAUACAUCUUGGCUCUACUACUUUGAUAAUGCUUGCCUAAUGCCUAGACUUUUUUCUGGAUGUUUGCUGAGAAAAAUCCUUUACAGAUAUCCAUCAAUGGCCCUUUCUUGAGUGUGUUCUAAUAGCUUUCCAGAUAUCAUUAAAGAUCACAGGAGGUACAGGCCCCUGCAUUGUGAUGUGUUCUUGCAAGGUAGUAUGGAAAUCCCCAUAGAAUGGAAUAGUGAAUGGAGUAGAAACAGGAUGGAAAUUACAAUCCUUCUUUUCCCCACCACUAAUAGCAGAGGAGGGAGGGAAAAGAUCUUUAUUCCAGCCUGCACCUGCACUCCUUACUCCUACAAAUGUGAAUGGGAAUUUUUGCUUGGGUAAGGGGUGCAGCCUCAGCCCUAUAGCUUGUACAUUUUUUUUUAAAAAAAGGGCAUUUAAAUCCUGUUUUAUACUUUGAUUCUUUUUAAAUCUGCAUGAUGUUUAAUGUAAACGAGGAAAUGUGCAUAAUCCUUGCAUAAUCUGUCAUUAUGACAAUUAAACUCCUGUGAAAGUU